AUGUCGAGCGAGAAGCCCUCAAUAACAUCCGGUCAUAAUGGAACCCUCCCUCAGAAUGCCCACCACUACCACGGAACCACCCCAAGCCCUCCCUCCUCAGAAAAACAACCACUCGAAACACAACCACCUUCAUCACCACCAUCCGACCCCUCAACCCUCGAAUCCGCCCCCUCAAAUGACACAGACCCAUCUCCAAAAGAAACCCGCCACAUCCUCCGCCUCAUCGACCUCCGCCUCCUCCCCAUCUUGGCAGCCCUCUACUCCUUCGCCCUCAUCGACCGCACCAACCUCGCCAACGCUCGCGUAGCAGGCGCAAAUUCCGAUCUCGGCCUCGAAAUCGGAGAACGCUAUUCCAUCGUGACCAUGAUGUUUUUUAUUCCUUAUAUUUUAUUCGAAUUACCGAGUAAUAUUUUGCUACGAAAAGUGGGACCUGCGAUUUGGUUGAGUGGGUUGGCGACGUUGUUUGGGGUUGUGAGUUUAUGUUGUGGGUUUGUGGGGGAUUGGACGGAGUUGUUGGGGUGUAGAGUUGUGCUUGGGGCGUUGGAGGCUGGGUUCUAUCCGGGGUGUGUGUAUCUUUUGUCGUGCUGGUAUGUGCGAUAUGAGAUUCAGAAGAGAUUUAGUGUGUUUUAUAUGGUUGCUACGUUGGCUUCUGGGUUGGCGAAUGUGUUGGCUUAUGGAUUGAGUCAGAUGGAGGGGACUGCGGGAAUUCGAGGGUGGAGGUGGAUCUUCAUUAUUGAGGGUUUGAUCACAGUCGCACUCGGACUGGUGUCGGUCUUCAUCAUUGUGCCUUUUCCCGACAAGGCGACCAGGAAGGGUCUAUUCGGACGGAAGCCUUUUCUCUCAGCGCGGCAAGCCAGUAUCGUGAUGGCCCGCCUCGAGAAGGACAGAGGAGAUGCGGUUUCUGACGAGAUGACCAUGAGGAACAUCCUUCGCUACAUUUGCGAUUGGAAGGUCCUCGAAUGGGCGUGGCUCUAUCUCAUCGCGGCCACAGUGUCCUAUUCCUUCAGUCUCUUCCUGCCGAUCAUUCUUCAGAAUGAUCUGGGAUACUCGACUGUGCAAGCACAAGUUCUCUCAUUUCCGCCUUACGCGGUAGCCGCUCCUUGGAUGCUCAUCACGGCCUGGAUUGGCGAUCGCUACCGGAAGCGCGGCCAUCUCAUCAUCUUCAACAGCGCGGUAGCUCUCAUCGGUCUGGCCAUGAUCGGCUUCGCGACCUCGAGUCCCCGGGCGAGAUAUGCUGGCACUUUCCUGGGCGUGGCAGCAGGCAACUCCAACGUUCCGACGAUCCUUACCUAUAUGCACAACAACAUCGUUGGAAAUACGAAACGUGCGGUAGCGAGCGCGGUCCUGGUCGGGGCAAGCGGGAUAAGUGGCAUCAUUGCUGCGAAUAUCUUUCGGCAACAAGACGCGCCCGGUUACAAGCCCGCCUUGAUAACGGUCAUUGUGAUGAAUGCGUCGAGUAUCUUGCUCGUGUCAAAGAACUUUUGGCUGUACAGGAAGCUCAAUCGGAAAGCGGAUCGAGGAGAGAUCCUGAUAGAAGGUCAGCAAGGGUUCAGAUUGACACUGUAG